AUGAAAGAAGGUAAUACCACUGACGUAUUAUCCGCAUGCGGUAAGAAUAAGGAUCAGUCAACAAAUUGUAACGACAAUACCACUUUUUCAAAAUUCAAAUUAUUUUUCAUUUUUAAAAUUCCUGGAUUAGCUUACAACAAAAACAAAGAAUGUGAACUGUGCUUCACAUACUGCUCUGACCCAUAUUUCCAUACAUUCUUUAAUUGUCGAGCAGUUAUGCACAGAUUCAACCUUAACACCAUUCUUGACUCCUUACAGCUUUCAGGUGGUCAACGAUUCGAUUGGACUAUGGAAGACGCGUAUCAGUUGGUUAGAAGAAAGGACAACAUCACUACUCUCGUUUCACUUGUCUUUCAUCAAAUCUGGAAAUUCUAUUGUAAAUCCUAUUUUGGCGGUACUCCUCUCCACGAUAACAACCUACUAUCUAAUGAAUCUAUCAUUAAUGAAUAUAUACAGCACUUAUCAGUAAUGAAAUUAAUUAUAAAUAACAGUAUCAGGAAUAAUAAUAAUAUUUUAUUGGCAAUUAUAUAUAAUAUAAAACACGAACUAGCAGAAAUGCAAUUAUAUCAAACACCAGUAGAAGAGGAGCAAAAGGGUGAAUUAGAAAAUAUAGGGGAUACAGAUUUCCAAGAUGAAUCACUGAUAAACUUCAAUAGAAUCUAUAUACUUUAUUAUGAAUGUUUGGAGAAGAGAAAUGAUUGCUUAAGAUCAAAAUGUGUAAAGUUCUUUGUUGAAUAUCAUCGAUAUAAAUUUAUACAUUAUUUCGAUGUUCAAGGUUAUAUCAAGUUCAUUCUCGAUGUCUUCUUUGAUCCUUCAUUCGAAGUUUUCAACAACAUGUUACAUUUUGAAUGUCGUUUUCAUAAACCAACAAUACAACAUAUUUACAAAAGAAUAAUCAAUGAUAAAAGAAAUAUAGACAAUCAGAAUACAGUUCAGGAACAAAUGUAUCAAAAAGGUGAAAUACAAUUGGAUAAGAAUAUCAACACAAACACUAGUAGUGCUAUUGUCAACAAUCAAGAAUCAAGAUGUAUUCUACCAGAUAUAUUACUUGAAAGAAUCAUCUCAUUUUCAUUGGAUAACUUACCAACAUUCGAUAUAAGUCAAGUUGAUCUCGAGAUUGUAUUGAAUAUUGCAUUAGUUUCAAAAAAGCUCUUCAAAAUUGUAUCAAAGUAUAUUUCAAAUGGUUAUUAUUUGCGAGGUCCCAUCAAGCUGCAGAGUGAAUAUUGUAAUAUCAAUUCACCUUUGCAUUUCGAUUAUGAUUCGAUUAAAUACAUCAAAUAUGGUGAGAGUAGCGAUCGUAUCAAUCAAUUAUUCUCAAGAGUCAAAGAGUUUAGUUUUGUUUAUGACGAAUUCGAUUGUUCAAGUAGCAAAGACCGUAAACGGUAUUAUAUCAUUAGAGAAUCUGAAGGUUAUUACGAAGAGGAUAUCUAUAAUAAGGCCAUAAAGUGUCAAGAAUACUUGACAAGUCUUCCAGCAAUGCCAAAUCUAAAGAGUAUCACUGUCACCAGCUACUUUGGAUAUAGAACCAACUACAGUUCAUUCCUAUCAUCGAUAUUGACAAACACCCCCAAUGGCAAUGGUCAUGGGAUUGAAUCAUUCAAAAUUGCCAUCGACAAAGAUUGGACCCAUGGUCAGGGCUACUCUCACUUGGACUUUUUGGAGCCACUGUUACGAUUACAUUCAAAUACAUUGAAAUCAAUAGAAAUCAAGUAUUUAAGAUUUUGCCAUGAUGAAGAUAUGAAAGCGUUACUUCAGAUAUUAGCUCCAACUUUGGAACAUCAAAAUUUCUCAUUCAUUUUGUAUGCCGACUUUCGAAUGUUAAAAAGAGUUUGUCAAGUUGAUCAAGAUCGAAAAGUCUAUCAAUAUUUAUUGAAUCAAAAAAUCCAAAAUAAUAUACCUUAUGAAGAUUAUGAUGAUAAUUCUGACUAUGAUCAAGAUGAAGAAGACUACGAUAAUGAAUAA